AUGCCGAUUUAUCCUACGACUUUCCCAUAUCACCUUCCCCAGCAGGGGCGCUUCCCUGCUGGAUUUCGCCUACCAGGCAAUGGCUUCGGGGCAGGAAACACGCCUCCCACGGCAAACAUGAUGGUGCACUCCAUGGUGCAAAGUCAUCAGCAGCCAGCAGCUUCGAUUCUUCAACAAAGUCGUUCUCCCGUCAGAACCGAAACAUCUGAAGUCUCGAGGGGCGGAAGUCAAAAUGCUGAAAAAAGUUGUCGAAUUUGCGGCGACAGGGCAACAGGACUUCACUAUGGAAUCAUCAGUUGUGAAGGCUGUAAGGGGUUUUUUAAACGAUCGAUAUGCAACAGAAGAGUGUAUAGAUGUACGAGGGAUAAACAGUGUAUGAUGUCGCGAAAACAGCGAAAUCGAUGUCAAUACUGUCGGCUGAAAAGAUGUCUCGAAUGCGGAAUGAACAGAAAAGCCAUCCGCGAAGAUGGAAUGCCAGGUGGUCGUAACAAAUCAAUCGGGCCGAUUCAAAUGACCCCGGAAGAAAUUGCCGCCGUGAUGGACGGCUCCGUGUUCGUCGAGGAGCGCGCUGCGAUCAGCGGCGGAUCCGCCAAUCCCAUUCAGGCUCUUACGCAGCCCCACUCGCAGUCCCAGAGUCACAUGCCACUUCGGCUGCCCGAAAGUUCACUUCCGAUCUCGAGAGCGCUUGAGCAGUCGCCUGCUCUUAGACAACCAUCGACGAUUUUCCGCCCCACAAUGCUUGACCACACCAACUUCGCCCCCGCCCUCACCGCCACCCAGAGCAUCGAGCAGCGCACCCACGACGCGGUCGGGGACGUGAUCGAAAUCGAGGAGCGCGGCGCCCUGCCACCCCUGCGCGAUAUCACCGCCGCCGACCCGUUUACGCCGGAUUCGCUGAUGAUGACUCUCGCCAAAACCGCCGACGAAUUAUUGCGGCGACAAAUAGACUGGGCAAAAGCGCUUCCCUUUUCCAGCGAAAUAUCACUUCAUGAUCAUACGACCCUACUCAUGAGCACAUGGGCUGAAACGAUGCUCCUCUCAUCACUAACAAUCCAUCAUCGUGCCGUUUUCGAAACCCUUGGUGUCGCAGUUGCGAAUUCCUCGAAUUUCAGCAACUUCGAGCCAACAGAAGAAGAGUUAAAGCUGAUCAAGAAGACUGCAUCGGUUUACAGUCAGUUUGCAGCGCUAGACAUUACUCAUGAUGAGUUUUGUAUCAUGAAGCUCAUCAAUUUUCUGAAUCACGAUAUUGUCGGCCUCCAAGAAUCGGUGAAAGUAGAAGCUCUCAACAAACGAUUCUGGUUCCUCUGUCAGCACUGGCUGGUUGACAGAAAAAGACAACAAGGAAGAUUUAGAGAUUUAAUCAAAGCGAUUCCGGACAUGAGAAUUCUAGCGGCGGAGUUGAAGAAAGUCAGCGACACGCAUCGAUUGGGCUUUAUUUUCAAGGAAGUGGUUGAGAGAACCCGGUCUUCUCCAGCCCCAGCUCCGCAUCCAUCGAUUCUAGCUCUUCCCCAAACGGCGAUGAAUUUCAUGGGCCAUCCUCAGUAA